AUGGCUCGUACAAAGCAGACCACUAGAAAGGAAAAUCAAAUUCCUAAUCUCGUCGACGCAGUUAAUGCAGCGAAGGUGGCUUAUUCUAGAGAAAUGAAUAAAUUCAAUCAGCCGGAGAAAUCAAAUCAGCCGCCGAAAGAAAUGGCUCCAAUCAGAUGUAGCAAGAAUAAAAAAGAUAAGCUUGCCAUGGUUACUCCUCCAUCCAGACCUCCCCGCCACGGAAAAUACUUAAAUGCCAGUCUAUUGCGAGGAAAAACACCGAGUGAGGUAGCCUUAUUUAUCCGCGAGCCGAGAGACCCAUGUGGUGAAUCGUCUGAAUCAAGCACUGUAUCCCCUUCUGUUAUAUCUGCAACUGGAAGCGAUGAAGAAGAAGUCGCGGAACAUGAAGAAAUUCCUUUAGGUAGUGAAUAUGCUGCUUAUGAUGAUGAUGAUGAUGGUGAUGAUGGAAAGGGUGGUUAUGGUGAUAAUGGUGGUAAUCAUGGUAAUAAGGAGGCAGAGAUUGAGGAAGAGCAGGAUGAAGAGGGGGAUGAGGAUAAUGUAAAUGGUAAUGAAAGAAAUGAUGGUGGUAGUGGUGAUGAGGAGGAGGAGGAGAUUCAGGAGGUUGAGGAGGAUGCGGCGCAGCCACAGCCGAAGAAGAAAAUCCCAAUCGCACCCAGCGCCAGACACAUUCCACCCAAGCAUUUGCAGCUUACUCGUCUUAGCAAUGGGAAAUCCAGAGGUGAACCUAAAGACGACGGCAAAGUUCUAUUUGGAUAUGAUAGCUCAUGGGCACGUACCAUCAACGAGACAAUUGUAACAUUCUUAACUUUGCUUUUCAUAUGA